AUGGACAAGUCGUCAGCCAAGGAGAUAUUUUUCCAUUCAUGUAUAAAUGGUGAUUUGAGUACAAUUAAAAUUAAUUUGUUCCAUAAUGUAUCACCGUUCAGCCUAGACAAGUAUGGAAACAAUGCUUUGCACCUAGCUUCCAUGAACAAUCAACCAAAAGUAUUAGAAUACUUACUAAAGACUGUCAAAACUUAUAAAAGCAAUUUUCGGAAUAAAAUUGGACGUACUGCUUUAAAUAUAGCAGCCGCUCAAGGUUCUUUUGAGUGCAUUGAAGUUUUACUAAACAACUUUCCUUGUGACAUCAAUUCUACAGAUAAGAUUUUUAACAAUAGUCCAUUACACUGGUGUGUUACAAGCAAAUGUAUCAAAGGUGUCAAGAAGUUAUUAGAUGUGGGAGCUGAUUUCACGCUUGUAAACAAAUUUGGCAAAACUCCUUUACAACUUGCCAAAACAACAUGUUUGGACAUUUUUCAUUUAAUAAACAAUUUUAUCAAAAAUAAAAAUAAGGACCAAUUCUUACACACAACUCCUCAGUCUAAUAAUGGUAUUAGAACAAAAAUGAAUAUUACCUCAAAAUCAUCAAAUUCACCACAAUUUAAAAUAACUAAUGGUAAUUCAAAAUCAAAUUCAAAAAUAUUCAAUAAGACUGUUGAUCAGCAAAGUGUCAAUUGUGAAAAAAUAUUAGGCCCUAAUUUGGUAUCUAAUAGUUCAGAUGAAUCAUUUUAUCUGGAUAUUUCAAAACUAAAACAUGGUGAUAAUUCUGUUUUAAAAUUAUUGGAAAAAUCUAUCGAACCAGUCGACGAAACUUCUUUUGUAUCAUCUAUUUUAAACAGUGGAAAAGUUAUUCAGUUGACUGAAGCUGGUAUACUUGCUUUGGAAUACACGAAAAAUGAAAUAAAUACUCCAAUUCCCGAUCGCCUUGUACAAAGCUUCUUAAACACAUCUCAACAAUAUAAUGAAAAUGAAAAUAAUCUUGACUAUGAUAAUAUUGAAAAAGAUAUUGAAUUAGGUUCAACAACACCUGCAAGAGGAUUAAAACGAUUGAAAAGUCCACAACCCUGCUCUAAAAGAUUUAAAUAUACUGAAAGUACCAAGAAUUCGGAGUUUGAAAAUGUAUUGGAUCAAUUGGGUUCUAAGUGUACUAAAACUGUUCCCAGAGCUUAUAAUUCAAAUUCCUACUUUUCACAAAGCUUGUCAUCUGUAGAAAAUAGUACAAUGAGAAAUAAUGAAGUUUGCAAUCAAAAUCAAUUAGUAUGUGUAAACCCUGACAUAAAUGCUCUACCCAAAUGGGUAGAUGAUCUAAUGUGUUUAUUUCAUAAAUUAAAUAAUUCGGCCAUAGUGGAACAAAUCAAUUGA